AUGUUUGGACUGAAGCUGAAAAAGAAGAAGAAAGAUAAAGCAGAGAAGGGAUUGAUCCUCACCAACAAGGGUGCCCAAGAUGGUCAGAGUGACUCCGAAGCGCUGCAGGAAGGACCUUCUCACCAGGAAGGACCAGAAGGAGAUGCGAUUCAUGGCGACGCUUCCAUCACUUCUGGCCCCUCGGCUCCUCCAAAGAGGAGAGCAAAGCUGCUGACUAAGAUCCAUGAUGGAGAGGUCAAAUCUCAAAACUAUCAAAUCACUGUCACCAUCACUGAGGCCCGCCAGCUGGUGGGCGAGAACAUCGACCCAGUUGUGACCAUUGAGAUCGGGGAUGAGAAAAAGCAAAGUACGGUGAAGGAAGGCACCAACAGUCCAUUUUAUAAUGAAUACUUUGUGUUUGACUUCAUUGGACCCCAAGUGCAUCUUUUCGACAAGAUCAUCAAAAUCUCAGUCUUACAUCACAAGCUGAUAGGGAGCAUCCUGAUUGGCUCUUUCCGAGUGGAUGUGGGAACAGUGUACAACCAGCCUGGUCAUCAGUUCUGUGACAAGUGGGCACAGCUUACCGACCCUGGGGACAUCAGGACUGGCACCAAGGGCUACCUGAAGUGUGACAUCAGUGUAACCGGGAAAGGCGACGUCUUAAAGACCAACCCCAAAAUCUUCGAUGCUGAUGAGCAAAUAGAGAAGAACCUUUUGAUCCCUCAAGGAUUUCCAUCAGAGAGACCCUGGGCUAGAUUCUAUGUGAGGCUCUAUCGAGCAGAAGGGUUACCCAAAAUGAACUCCAGCAUUAUGGCAAAUGUCACCAAAGCAUUUGUGGGUGACAGCAAGGACCUCGUGGAUCCCUUCGUGGAGGUGUCCUUUGCUGGGCAGACGGGGCGAACCUCGGUGCAAAAGAAUUGUGCUGACCCCGUGUGGCAUGAGCAGGUGGUCUUCAAGGAAAUGUUCCCUCCCCUGUGCCGGAGGGUUAAAAUCCAGGUGUGGGAUGAGGGAAGCAUGAACGACGUGGCCCUGGCAACCCACUUCAUCGACCUGAAGAAGAUCUCCAAUGAGCAGGAUGGAGAUAAAGGCUUUCUUCCCACCUUUGGGCCUGCCUGGAUCAACUUGUAUGGCUCCCCCAGGAACCAGAGUCUGAUGGAUGACUACCAGGAGUUGAAUGAGGGCUUUGGGGAAGGUGUGGCCUUCAGGGGUCGGAUCUUGGUGGAAAUUGCUGUGGAAAUUCUCUCUGGUGGGGCCCAGGAGUCUAAGUUCUCCAAGGCUCUGAAGGAGCUGAAGCUGUCUUCCAAAGACAAAGACUCCAAAUCUAAAGGCUCUAGUAAGGACAAGGCUGACAAAGCAGAUGACAGCAAAGCCCAGCAGGCUGCGGACAAGACUAACUCCAUGGAGGUGGAGGUGGAAUCUUUUGCUGUGCCCCCAGAGAUUGUACCAGAAAAAUAUGAGGACUUUUUACUCUUUGGAGCCUUUUUUGAAGCUACCAUGAUUGACCGGAAGAUUGGAGACAAGCCCAUCAGCUUUGAAGUUUCUGUUGGGAACUUUGGGAACCUGAUUGAUGGAGGCUCUCAUCAUGGGAGCAAGAAGAAAUCGGCUGAGCCGACUGAAGAGGAUGUGCUUCCUCUGUUGCAUGAAGGAGAAAAAGACGUGCCCCAUGACUCUGCCAUUUCCAUGGCCUCCACCACACACCCAGAGAAGCCUCUGGUGACAGAAGGGAACAGAAAUUACAACUAUUUGCCUUUUGGUGCCAAGAAGCCCUGUGUCUCCUUCAUCAGUUCCUGGGGAGACCAGACAUUCAGACUGCACUGGUCCAACAUGCUGGGGAAAAUGGCUGAGCUCUUGGAAGAAGGCAUAGAAGAAGUGAAGGAACUGGUCAAGGUCUCAGAGGAGGCGCCGGAAGAGAAGAUGAAGACCGUGUUCUGUGACUUCAUCAGUCAAAGCAGCGCCUUUAUCUCUGAAGCAGAAAAGAAACCGAAGAUGCUGAACCAAACUGCGUUAGAUAAGAAACGGCUCACGCUCUGCUGGCAAGAGCUGGGUGCAAUGCUCAAGGAGGCCCAAGGGGUCAUUCAGCAACAGAAGAAAAAGUUAUCUCUCGCAGAGAUGAUCAGUGAAGCCCAGGGCUUUGUGGAGAAGAUCCGCUUUCUUGUAGAUGAGCCACAGCAUACUAUCCCGGAUGUCUUCAUUUGGAUGCUCAGUAACAACAAGAGAGUAGCAUAUGCCCGCGUUGCUGCCAAAGACCUGCUCUACUCACCGAUCAGAGAGCAGAUGGGCAAGCAUUGUGGGAAGAUCAAGACCCACUUUCUCAAGCUUCCUGGGAAACGACCGGCUGGCUGGACUGUCCAGGCAAAAGUUGACAUAUAUCUGUGGCUGGGUUCCACCAGAUACUCCAAUGCCAUUUUGGACAAUUUGCCAGCGGGCUAUGAAGCAGAAAUGCCCUCGAAAGCAUCUGGCACCCAUCACCCUCCGUCAGCCCUGCUAUACCAAGCCCAGCACGUCUUCCAGUUGAGAGCACACAUGUACCAAGCCCGGGGCCUCAUCGCAGCUGACAGCAAUGGACUCUCAGAUCCCUUUGCUAAAGUCACAUUCCUGUCCCAGUGCCAGACCACAAAGGUCAUUUCCCAGACCCUCUCUCCUACCUGGAACCAGAUGCUGCUCUUCAAUGAGUUGGUUUUGCAUGGCGAGGAGAGGGAGCUGGCGGAGUCCCCACCCCUAGUGGUGGUGGAACUCUACGACAGUGAUGCGGUGGGGAAGCCAGAAUAUUUGGGUGCCACGGUGGCUGCUCCAGUUGUGACACUAGCUGACCAGGACUAUGAACCCCCCAAGCUGUGUUAUCACCCCAUCUUCUGUGGGAACCUCUCUGGAGGGGACCUUCUUGCUGUGUUUGAGCUGUUUCAGGUCCCUUCUUCUGGACUACAGGGUCUCCCUCCCAUUGGCCCACCAGACAUCACACAGAUCUAUCCUGUUCCCGCCAACAUCCGUCCAGUGCUGAGUAAAUACCGGGUCGAGGUCCUCUUCUGGGGUGUCCGAGAAAUGAAGAAGGUACAGCUUCUCUCGGUGGACCGGCCACAGGUUCUCAUUGAAUGUGGGGGACGAGGCGUGAAGUCUUGCGUGAUCCAGAGUUACAAGAACAACCCCAAUUUCAGCGUGCAGGCAGAGGCCUUUGACGUGGAGCUGCCUGAGAAUGAGCUCCUGCACCCACCGCUGAGCAUCUGUGUGGUGGACUGGAGAGCCUUCGGGAGAAGCACUCUGGUGGGCACCUACACCAUCAACUGCUUGAAGCAGUUUCUGUGUAAAUCCAGAGAGCCCCUUGCCCUGACCUCACAGACGGAUGGAGCCUGGGCCAGGCCAGGAACUCUCUCUCAUUCAUCCUUUUCAGAUUCACUAGCAGCCAUCGAGUCUUCUGGACUCAGCUCCUCCCAGGAUCCCCCAACAGAUCACAUCUAUGUGGACGUUGAGCCACCACCUACAGUGGUACCGGACUCUGCCCAGGCUCAGACAACCACCCUAGUCGACAUCCCUGACUCCUCUCCGAUGCAGGAGCCCGAGCACAAACCUGUAUCUCAGGAACCACUGAAAGAUGAAAAAGUCAAGCAAGAUCCCAGGAAGCCUUCCCGGAGAUCCACCAAAAGGAGAAAAAGGACCAUAGCAGAUGAAUCAGCUGAGAAUGUCAUCGAUUGGUGGUCUAAGUAUGACGCCUCCCUAAAGAAAGCACAGAAGGAUAUUCAGUACAGUCCAUAUCUGCAGGCUCCAAUCCCUGAGAAACUUAGGGAGGUCCGCACAGGAAAGAGGAGUCUCAACAAGGAGCAGCAGCAGCAGCAGGGGACACCCAGGCCACAGAACAGCAGGACUUCAGCAGGGGUCUACAUCUGUAGGGGAACAGACCCAAAGGCCAAACCAGGCGAGGUGGUGUUGGAUAUAGAUGACGUCCCCAAAAAGAAGAAAGACAAAGUGCUCAAGAAGAAGCUGAAAGAUGAUGGAAAUGAUGGCAUCCCAAAUCUGGCUGUCUUGAAGAUAUACGAUGGUGAUCUUGAGAGCGAGUAUAACAAUUUUGAAGACUGGGUGAAGACCUUUGAACUCUUCAGAGGCAAAUCCACAGAAGAUGAUCACGGCCUAGAUGGAGACAGAGUCAUAGGAAAGUUCAAGGGCUCCUUCUGCAUCUACAAAAGCCCCGAGGAUUCUACCUCAGAGGACAGUGGGCAGCUGAGAAUCCAGCAGGGAAUUCCACCCAAUCACCCCAUUCAAGUGCUGAUCCGGGUGUACAUUGUCGCGGCAUUUAAUCUCAGCCCAGCAGAUCCAGACGGCAAAUCAGACCCCUACAUCGUCCUCAGACUUGGCAAAACAGAAAUCAAAGAUCGGGACAAAUACAUCCCCAAACAACUGAAUCCAGUGUUUGGAAGGUCAUUUGAAAUCCAAGCCACUUUCCCAAAUGAGUCCCUGCUCUCCGUCCUGAUCUAUGACCAUGACAUGAUUGGGUCAGACGACCUCAUCGGGGAGACCAAGAUCGACUUGGAGAACCGUUUCUACAGCAAACACAGAGCCAUCUGCGGUCUGCAGAGCCAGUAUGAAAUAGAAGGGUACAAUGCCUGGAGGGACACGUCUAAACCCACAGAGAUCCUAACCAAGCUCUGCAAAGACAACAAGCUGGACGGGCCGCACUUUCGUCCUGGGAAGAUACAGAUCGGCAAUCAGGUCUUUUCCGGGAAAACGGCAUUCGCAGAGGAAGACUCUGAGGAGAUGGUGGAGUCUUAUGAACACUUGGCCCUCAAGGUGUUGCACUCCUGGGAGGACAUCCCUGUGGUCGGGUGUAAACUGGUUCCCGAGCACAUAGAAACACGGCCAUUAUACCACAAGGAUAAGCCGGGACUGGAGCAGGGCCGUCUUCAGAUGUGGGUAGACAUAUUUCCCAAAGAUACACCUCAGCUUGGACCUCCUGUUGACAUUUCACCAAGGAAACCCAAAGGAUAUGAGCUGAGGGUGACCAUCUGGAAUACUGAAGAUGUCAUCUUAGAAGACGAGAAUAUCUUCACGGGUCAAAAGUCAAGUGAUAUUUAUGUCAAAGGGUGGAUCAAGGGUUUGGAGGACGACAAGCAGGAGACGGAUGUGCACUACAAUUCCCUGACUGGAGAAGGGAACUUCAACUGGCGUUUCCUGUUUCCCUUCCAGUAUCUUCCAGCUGAAAAGCAGAUGGUCAUCACCAAGCGGGAGAACAUCUUCUCCCUGGAGAAAAUGGAGUGUAAGACUCCGGCCGUGCUGGUGCUGCAGGUCUGGGACUUUGAAAGACUCUCCUCGGAUGACUUCCUGGGCUCCCUGGAAAUGAAUCUCAACAGCUUCCCUCGGGCAGCCAAAUCUGCAAAAGCCUGCGAUCUGUCCAAGUUUGAAAACGCAAGCGAGGAGAACAAGAUCUCCAUAUUCCAGCAAAAGCGCGUGCGCGGCUGGUGGCCUUUUGCCAAAAGCAAAGAGCUCACGGGCAAGGUUGAAGCUGAGUUCCACUUGGUCACAGCAGAAGAAGCCGAGAAAAACCCUGUUGGAAAAGCCCGGAAGGAGCCCGAGCCCCUGGCCAAGCCCAACCGCCCAGACACCUCCUUCUCGUGGUUCGUGAGCCUCUUCAAAUGCCUGUACCACCUCAUCUGGCGGAACUACAAGAAGUACAUCAUCAUCGCCUUCAUUCUGCUCAUCCUCAUCGUCUUCCUGGUCCUCUUCAUCUACACCCUGCCAGGAGCCAUCAGCCGGAGGAUCGUCGUGGGAGGCUCGUAGGGGCAACGCAGAGCACAGACCUCUUUUCACGACUGUUCUCCCCGGUUUCCUACGCGACCCUCUAAGAUCAUGUGCUAUGGCAAAUGCUAAGGGGAACGAUCCUGUGUCUCAGGACAAACCAGGUUUUCUCUGGGAAGACUGGACUCGGCAGUCUCUCUCUGGCCCAGUCCCUGCUAUCAUCCUUCAAACCCCCAAGUCCCAAAUCUUGUUAUUGUUCGUGAGUAACCUGGAACAAUCAAUGACUCUUUCAUCCAGGCCAAUCAACUAUGACCUCACAUUGACCUCAGUGAGACUUUUCUUCAUGUAUUAGAUUCUAUUAAGAAAGGUUAAACUCUUGAGUCUAAGAUUUUAUUAAGAACAUCAUAUUUUAAAUAAAAUGUCUUCAUAAAUAGAUUGAAA